GGCAGCGGACAGUAGCAGCGACAGCGACAGCGAACGUCGCAGGCGUUUUCAGUUGUUCGUUUUGUUUGUGGGUGCCAACGACGUCGGUUGCCGACGCGGAAACUGCACAAGAGAUGAAUCGUCGCUUUUCACGCGUGGAGUCCGGCGCGGAUCUGAAGGACUAUUUCGAUCGUGGCGAUAUUGCGUCGCGUGAGAAUCGCUGGAACUUUGAGGUGGCAUGGGAGGUGGCUAAUAAGGUUGGCGGCAUUUAUACAGUUAUACGCUCCAAGGCGUAUGUCUCCACCGAGGAACUGGGCGAACAGCUGUGCAUGAUGGGUCCCUACAAGGAGCAAUGUGCCCGCACCGAAAUGGAGGAACUGGAAUUUCCACGCGGCAAUCCCCUCUUGGAGGCCGUCAAUACGAUGCGCUCACGUGGCUAUAAACUGCAUACGGGUCGCUGGCUGGUCGAUGGCAAUCCACAGCUCAUACUCUUCGACAUUGGCUCGGGUGCUUGGAAACUCGAUCAGUUCAAGUCGGAGUUGUGGGAUAAAUGCCACAUCGGUAUACCGCAUUUGGACAUUGAGACAAACGACGCCAUUAUUCUGGGCUACAUGAUCGCCGAAUUUCUGGAGGAGUUUCGCAAUUGCGCCCAAGCCUAUUCGGAGAAUAAUGAUCUAAAUGCGCCACGGGUGGUCGCCCACUUCCAUGAGUGGCAGGCGGGCGUCGGCUUGAUAGCGUUGCGUACCAGGCAUGUGGAAAUCGCCACAGUUUUCACCACCCAUGCCACUCUAUUGGGUCGCUAUCUGUGCGCUGGCAAUACCGAUUUCUACAACAAUCUGGACAAGUUUGCCGUGGACGAGGAGGCGGGCAAGCGACAAAUCUAUCAUCGGUAUUGUUUGGAACGCGGCGCUACCCAUAUGUGCCAUAUAUUUACCACCGUCUCCGAAAUUACGGGCUAUGAGGCCGAGCAUUUGCUCAAACGCAAGCCGGACAUCAUAACGCCCAAUGGCCUGAAUGUGAAGAAGUUCUCGGCCAUACACGAGUUUCAGAAUCUUCAUGCGAUGGCCAAGGAGAAAAUUAAUGAGUUUGUUCGUGGCCAUUUCUAUGGGCACAUGGAUUUCGAGUUGGAUAAGACGUUGUAUUUCUUCAUUGCCGGUCGCUACGAGUUUGGCAACAAAGGUGCUGAUAUUUUCAUCGAGGCCCUGGCUCGUCUGAAUGCCAUGCUGAAGCACGAACGCCCCGACACAACAGUGGUAGCCUUUCUAAUUUUCCCCACCAAGACGAACAACUUCAAUGUGGACUCGCUGCGUGGCCAUGCGGUGAUCAAACAGCUGCGCGAUACCAUCAACAAUGUGCAGCAGUCCAUUGGUAAACGAAUGUUCGACACCUGCCUCAAGGGUCAUAUUCCCGGCCCCGAUGAGUUGCUGCAAAAGGAGGAUCUGGUCAAGAUUAAGCGUUGUAUGUACUCUAUGCAGCGCGACUGUAUGCCACCGGUUACCACCCAUAAUGUGGCCGAUGAUUGGAACGAUCCAGUGCUGUCUUCCAUACGUCGUUGCCAGCUCUUCAAUUCGGUGCACGAUCGCGUCAAAAUGGUGUUCCAUCCCGAGUUCCUGACAUCGACCAAUCCAUUGUUUGGCAUCGACUAUGAGGAGUUUGUGCGUGGCUGUCAUUUGGGCGUUUUCCCAUCCUAUUACGAGCCCUGGGGCUAUACACCAGCCGAGUGUACCGUUAUGGGUAUACCUAGCGUAACAACAAAUUUAUCGGGCUUUGGCUGUUUCAUGCAGGAGCACAUUAGCGAUCCCAAAUCCUAUGGCAUAUACAUUGUCGAUCGUCGCUAUAUUGGCUUGGAGGCCAGUGUCCAGCAGCUGUCUAGUUUUAUGCUGGAAUUCUCCCGAUUGAAUCGACGUCAGCGCAUUAUACAGCGUAAUCGCACGGAACGUUUAAGCGAUCUGCUCGACUGGCGUACACUGGGCAUUUACUACAGGCAGGCCAGGGUAAGAGCGCUGCAGGCCGUCUAUCCAGAUUAUGUGGAUGAGAGCUCUCUGUAUGGUUCGCGCAGCAAUUUGAUUUUCUCGCGACCCCACAGCGAACCGCCCAGUCCCACAUCGUCGCGCCACACUACCCCGGCACCCUCGGUGCACGGCUCCGAUGAAGAGGACUCUGUAGAUGAGGAAACCGAACUCAAGGAACUGGGCAUUAAAUAAAAGAAAAGCCAAACUCUCUGAGUACUACAAACAAAACUCACAGCGCAAUAUUAUCAUAAGUUUAGUGGUUCCGUUUCAAUCUUAUAUUUGGCCAUAACUACGCUCAAUUGCCAGAUUACCAGAUGCGCGUAGUUCGCUUCUUGGUCAUCACUUGUCUACCCAUAUUUUGAAAUGAUGCAAUGAUAAUUUUCAAUUUCCUAUGCAACUGUUCGAACAAUUCAAGAGAUCUUGAACACGCAAAAAAAAAGAGAUGAUGAUGCCUCGUUUACAUGUUGUUUAGUCUAUAAGCAGAGCAACGUUAUUAGUACCUACCCCUAUACCUAUACUUAUCCUUAUCCGUACAUCCUAUCCAUUAGGAAUCCAAUGUUCACCGCAUUAAAAUUAUAAUCAUACUCGACACUAAUUGGGUUUUAAGCACGCGCUAGUUCUAGUUGACGUUAUCAAAUGGUGAGAGAAAUUCUAAUUCAAUUGAAAAGAGAAAAUAUAUAAAUUUGUUAAUUGUUCGCCGUAGAAACUAUUCAUUUGUCAAGCAUAACUUGCAAUAAAUCCUGUAACAAACUGCCUCAAUUUAA